ACUGUACCAGGCACCAUGCAGCCUGUGCAUAGGCGCAGUUUUCUGUCUAACCUGAACAACCAGGUGGCAAAAAUUAGAAGCGUCAAUUUUGGAAAGACUUUGGAAAAGAGUGACCAGCAGUUGGAUUGUGCCUUGGACUUGAUGAGGCGCCUGCCUCCUCAGCAAAUCGAGAAGAACCUCAGUGACUUGAUUGAUUUGGUCCCCAGCCUAUGUGAAGAUCUUCUAUCCUCUGUCGAUCAGCCCUUGAAAAUUGCCAGAGAUAAGGUGGUGGGAAAGGAUUACCUUUUAUGUGACUACAACAGAGACGGAGAUUCAUAUAGGUCACCUUGGAGCAACAGGUAUGACCCUCCAUUGGAAGAUGGGGCCAUGCCAUCUGCUCGCCUGCGUAAGCUGGAGGUAGAAGCCAACAAUGCCUUUGACCAGUACCGAGACCUGUACUUUGAAGGUGGUGUCUCUUCUGUCUACCUCUGGGAUCUGGAUCAUGGCUUUGCAGGAGUGAUCCUCAUUAAGAAGGCUGGCGAUGGAUCAAAGAAGAUCAAAGGCUGCUGGGAUUCCAUCCAUGUGGUGGAGGUUCAGGAGAAGUCCAGUGGCCGCACUGCCCACUACAAGCUGACCUCCACGGUGAUGCUGUGGCUGCAGACCAAUAAGUCGGGCUCGGGCACCAUGAACCUCGGAGGCAGUCUCACCAGACAGAUGGAGAAAGAUGAAACCGUGUGUGACUCAUCCCCACACAUAGCCAACAUCGGACGCCUGGUAGAGGAUAUGGAAAAUAAAAUCAGAAGUACACUGAAUGAGAUCUACUUUGGGAAAACAAAGGACAUCGUCAAUGGGCUCAGGUCUGUGCAGACUUUUGCAGACAAAUCAAAGCAAGAAGCCCUUAAAAACGACCUGGUGGAGGCUUUGAAGAGGAAGCAGCAAAGUUAAACUCGUCCUCCCGCUAACAAGCCGCGCUGUGCUCUCACUAGAUUUCUUUCUUAGAGAACUCUGCCUCCGCCGCCCCUGUCACGUAACACCUGCUUCCGAGCUGCGCCAUCCCUCCCGUGAAUAAAGCUGUCGAAGCCUUCUCAGUCUGAGACCGACUUCCCGCCACAUUGUCCCACGAGACCUUCCUUCUGGGUUUCCCCUGAGACCACGAGUUGUCGUUGGGCUGGUUAUCUGUUCUGUUCUGGAUUUCUCGUCUGUCUGUUGGGUUCUCCCCCGUGUCCUCUCUGCCCCCUCCCCACCCCCGCCCCCGGUCCAUUUAGAGGCAUCAAACACAGUCCAUCCAUCUGUCCGGGCCUGCCCUCCCACCUUUUGUUACAUUGGUGUAAAAAAUGUAAAACACAAAAAAUUUAUGAAAUACUGUGGUGUGUGAAAGAGGAAAAACUGGAAGUCCCAUUCCACGGGGAUGUUGGGGUGGGGGUGGGGGGCCCCAAGAGGGAUUGGUGAGGGAGGGGAGGCCGCUCUGAGAGGAGCCGAGGUGGGUCCUCAGCGUUGUUCUUUAGGCUCACCCCCAGUCCCAAGGAGACGCUAUUUUCGGGGGAAGGGUGGGGGGAGGGAGCGGGAAAUCUGCUUUACCGUUCUGCUCUUCUAUCUAGCCUGAAUCCAGGCGCUUUUCUGUCGAUUUUUAUGGAAUGCAAAAAGGGUUUUUUGUUUUAUUUUGGUUUUUUUUGUAAAGCUUAAAUGAAAAAAAAAUUAAAUAAAAUAAAUCUACAUCUUA